GGGGCGGGGCCAGGAGGCGCGAGCGUGACGUCACGACGGGGGCGGGGCGGAAGUGCGGCGCGCGGGCGGCCCCCGUGAUGAGCUCCAAGGCCAAGCGGGUGCUGCCCACCCGGCCCGAGCCCCCCAGCCCCGAGCAGAUCCUGUCCGACGUGCAGAGCACCCGCCCCACCGACCCCGUCUUCGUCCUCCCCACCGAGCCCCGCCGGGAUCGCGACCCCUCUCCAGGCUCGCCGGGGGAGGAGCGGGAGCGGCUGUACCGGCAGAGCCGCUCCUACGUGGAGAUGAACCAGCGGCUGCAGCAGUCCCGGGAGCGGCUGCGGCGGCGGCGGGAGGAGCUGCAGCGGGCGGGGGCAGCGCUGGAGCGCGGCAUCGCCGACAUGAGGCAGAGAGCCUUCUGAGACAAGCGCCGCGGGCCGGGCAGGACCCCCCUGCCUGCCUCAGGACACCCCCCCUUGCGGCUUCUCCUGCCCAAACCGAGGGUAGAACCGGUUGUGCGGGAUUUACGUUUGACUGACGUUGAGUUGACGCCUCCCCGGGUGUCGGUGGUGUGUGAGGGGACCAGGGCUGUGCCUCCUUGGUCAGCCCAACCUUUCUCUUGGUCCCUGCUGUGCUCUCUGCCCUCAUCCCUGGGGGUGACAUGCCACCCGUGCCCUCCCAGCCCCGCUUCACCUAUGACUUUUCCAUCUGGUACUGCCCCGAGGACGAGCACAUCGCCUCCUGCAUCGCCGAGUACUUGAAGAAGGAGGGUUUUCAGGGCUAUGCAGAGCACCAGGACCAAGUGGCUGGGAAGUGUGUUCUCAUGAGUGCCCUGGAGGUGAUUGAGGCCAGCAGGGUGGCCAUCCUCCUCCUCUCCACCAAGUCCCUGGGUGACCCGUGGUGCCACCGCGUUUCCCAGUGGAACCUGGACCACGUCAUCCACUGCAAAGGGACCAAGAUGAUCCCUGUGUAUGUGGGUGUGAAGAAAGCUGAGGUGCCUCCCUUCCUGCAGCACCUCAUCGAGCUGGAGUAUCCCACUGAGCUGUUCUUCCACAGGCUCCUGGCCAGCCUGAGGCCGUCCCACUCGGCAGCCCCCAAAGCCAGGCCGGCCCCAUCCUCCAAAGCCAAGAGCUGAGGGAUUUGGGGGAAUCAUUUGCUGCCUGUCUGGGGGGCCACUGGCCUCACAGUGAUGGUGGUGGGAGCAAAAUUGUCCCGUGCUGCUGAUCAAGCUGGUGGGAAAGGGUGACCUGAGCACUGGGGAUUGUCACAAACCUCAUUAAAACCCCUUCUUGGUGAA